CUUGUGGGGCCCCCAACAUCAAACCCUCCAUCAAACCUGGGCCCCACGAUCGGGGGCCCCCAGAACGAGGGGGCCCCUGGGGGGCCCCAGAGGGAAGGGGCCCCUGGGAGGCCCCAGUGGGAAGGGGCCCCUGGGGGGCCCCAGAGGGAGGGGGCCCCUGGGGGACCCCAGAAGGUGGGGGCCCCUGGAGGGCCCCCGACGAACGGGGGUCCCCAGGAAGAAGGGGCCUCUCAGGGCCUUCAGAAAGGGGGGCCCCCUGGGGGCCCCCAGAGGGAAGGGGCCCCUGGGGGGCCCCAGAAGAGCGGGGGGCCCCUGGGGCCUCAACAGGGGAAAGUGAUGGGUUGA